AUGUAUCGCGUGGGAUCGUGGCUAUAUGGCCGCAAAUCUGGCAAUUCAUCUUCGCAGUCACUCGACUCAGCUGUGCAGGUUCAAGAUCUCGAGCAUGCCAUGGCUGCGGCCACAUUGAUUCUCAAUGACGACGUCGAAGGCGCUGAAACAGGUCUAAAUAAGGGUGACUCGACUUUCCACAAAACUGGCAAGGGCGUUGUUGGCUUCAUUCGUUCGACCCUGGGUUUCGAACAAGAAAUAAUGCGUCAGGCUGCCGAACGCCUCGCGGAUGCUGAGAACAGUGCAUACAAUGACCAGCAAAAAACAAUACACGCCUCGGGUGCCCCGAAUGCUUUUCAUUCGCAGAUAUACGACGCAGGUACUGAGUAUGUCCUUUGUCAGGCAAUGGUGCAGAUCAUGGCUGCCGUUGUGGGCGUUCUUAAUGAGAGUCUCACGGAAAGUCUUAAAGGCUUUUACAAAAUGCGGAAAGCAUACAUGGCCUUGGAUAGCAUUCUCCGGAUGGAAGAGAGGCACUUGAAAACUAUUCGUUCGAAAACGACCCCCAUAUCUGCAUUGCAACUAGAGUCCAAAGCCCCAUCGUCAAACCCCUCUUCGGCUCAUAGUUCCAUCCACGAUUUGACCAAAGACACCGUGCAGCUGAGCGUAGUCGACAAGAGCCAGACGCCAUCAAGUCCAGGUACUCCUGGUACGCCACUCGGCGAGACCUUUAGCCACGGCCCCGAGUCUGCAGAAUUCAGCCACCCGAUUGAUGCUUUCAUACACUCUGCUGCUAGCUUGUGCUUUGGCAUGCUUCUCCUGAUUCUCUCGAUGAUUCCUCCCACUUUUAGCCGCUUACUUGCCAUUAUUGGCUUUCGGGGUGACAAGGAACGGGGACUGCGCAUGCUCUGGCAAGCCAGCAAGUUUGAUAGCUUGGUUGGGGCCAUCGCUGCGUUUGGAAUCUUGGGAUACUACAAUGGCUUUGUCCGAUUUUGCGACAUCAUCCCUGAUGCUACCACCGAGGACGAACUUGAAGUUGAAGGAUACCCAGUGGACCGACUAACGGCAUUGCUCCAAAAGAUGCGAAAGCGAUAUCCAAAUAGUCAACUUUGGCUGCUAGAAGAGUCUCGCAUGAAAGGUGCCAACCGGGACUUGGAAACCGCGCUGGAUAUGUUGAAGCACGGCGAGAAGAGUCCGCUCAAACAAGUUGAAGGACUCCAAACCUUUGAAAAGAGCCUAGAUGCAAUGUAUUUGCACAAGUAUGAGGAGUGCGCGGAGUCUUUCAUCAGCUGUGUUGAUCUUAAUUCUUGGUCCCCUGCUCUAUAUUAUUAUAUUGCUGGAGCUGCCUAUUUGGUAUUAUACCGUCGGUCAUCCGCUACCAGUGCGGCGGAUGCUGCCGUCUAUGCUGAGAAAGCUAGAGAGAAUCUGCGCAAGGCGCCUACACUGGCAGGGAAGAAGCGCCUGAUGGCUCGACCGCUCCCGUUUGAUGUCUUUGUCACCCGCAAAGUGGCCAAGUGGGAAGCCAGAGCCAAGGAAUGGAAGGUUGACCUUGUCGACGCAGUCGGAGUGGAUCCAAUUGAAGAGAUGAUUUUCUUCUGGAAUGGCUACAACCGCAUGAGAGAAGGAGGGCUAGAGGAUUCCCUUAGUAAUCUGUCCUGGUCUGAGACCGAGGCAAACAAGACAUGGAGCAAGGAAAGCGAUGAUGAAAAGGCCAUUCUCUCUCUGCUUCGGGCAGGUGUUCUACGCGCGUUGCGAAAACACCAAGCGGCCAAGGAGAUCUUGCAACACAAAAUCCUCCCUCAGGACCGAACUCUUUUCAAAGGCCACCUGCGGGAUGACUGGAUUCUGCCCGUGGCGCAUUUUGAACUGGCUUCUAAUCUAUGGAUGGAGCGUCCCAGCUAUGUGGCGACUCACGGCCUAAGCGAAUGCGCCUUGAAAACCACUGUCUCGAGGACAUCUGCGGAAUUCGAUGUAAAAGGGGAAGAGGAGGUAGAGCGCGAGAAAGUUCGGGAAUGCGAAGAACAUCUCGAAAAGAUCGCUAAAUGGGAAUCAUAUGACCUUGAUACUCGAAUCGGUCUCAAAGUCACAGCUGCCAGAGAAGCUGUUCGGAAAUGGCAUCUCGCUCACCCUACACCAGCCUCUAUUUGA